CUUUUCUGUGUUUGUUUUUCCGAGUACCGAUGAAUGCACCAUCGCUGAACUGAAGUGGGAUUGGAAGAAGAGGGAAGUCGGUUCGAGGAGGUUUUAGCAGCAGGAAGAAUCGCUCUCCGUUAUUAUCCCAUGUAUUAAUAAUAUAAGUUUUAAGGUUAAUGGAAAUGCAGCUCGACGCAUUGUAAUGUGACCCAGACUCCUGAACUCAACUUUAGACGAAGGCGUAGACAUCAUCUUGAGAAAAUCAGAGCCAUGGCCAGCAUUCAGAUUAGAAAGUACCAGGAUGAGGACGCUGAGGUCGUCAAGGAGCUCUUCACCUUGGGGAUGAGCGAACACGUGCCUUCGUCCUUCACCCACGUCCUGAAACAGCCACUGGCCCAGAUGUUCCUCAUGGUCACGUUCUGCGCCCUCAUCACCAGCUCCAAGUCCUUCCUGCUGCCCGUCUUGGCCGUCACGCUCAUCCUGGCCGCGGUCCGGCAAAUGUUCAACCAAUACAUAGAGACCAGCCUCAGGAAGGACCUCAACGACAUCGGCGGGACCUACCUGCAGAAUAAGAACUCGUGCUUCUGGGUGGCCGAAAGCGACGGUCGGGUGGUCGGGACUGUGGGGUGUCUCCCCGCCGAGAGAGCGCCCGGGUUUUUGGAGCUGAAGCGCAUGUCGGUGCGGCGGAGUCACCGGGGGAUGGGCAUCGCCAAGGCUCUGUGUCGGACGGUGGCGGAUUUCACUCGCGAGAGAGGUUUCCCUGCCGUCAUCCUUUACACGUCCGUGGUGCAGACUGAUGCUCAAAAACUAUACGAAUGCAUGGGUUACACCAAGAUAAGAGAGUUUGUCUUGCCAGAGGUUAUGGCUAAAAUCCUGAACUUCACACUGUUUGAGUACAGACUUGAUUUGCAAACAGAUAAAGAAAGAGACUGAAACAACAGCAUUUUUGGGUUGAUGGUACCAUUCAGUUAUUCUUCAGCUAUCAAGGGACAGCACAUGCAAAGCAAACUGUUUGCAUAUCACUACUGAAAAACAAUCAUCCUAGAGAAAUCAGCAAACCUCUAUUGGUCUUCAUUAGAACAUUUUUAGUACUCUAUUGUUUUAAGGGCGUUCCGAUCUGAUUUUGGUAUCGGUCCGACGUCAGCCAAAAAAGUAUUGUACUAUAUCUGGCAAUAGAAGGAUUUCAGUUCAGCAGUGGUAGCAGACCUGUUGUGUAAUAAUAACCAGGUCAUUUGUUGACUACUGUUCUUUUGAA